AUGGUACCCGAUGCAGGAUAUAAACUGGCGCAACUAAGGUUCGAGGACGCUGACAUCGAGGGGAUUGCUGAAGUUGACAUAUCUUCUGAGUUUCAACGACUUCAUCUAGAGUGUGCUGACCAUUCAUCAUUCAACAGAUGUGUUUCGAGUGUACGUAAUAAAGUCCAACGCUGGGCUGCUAUGACUGAUGGUGAUGUCGUAUUUGUUGCUACCAAAGCUCUGUCUGUUAUGAAGAAGGCUGCGGUUGCCGAGGGUCUCGAAGAUGAUUGGGUAGCACCCUUGAGCCUGUAUGUCGCAAAACAGGUUUCAUCAUUGAAACAGUUUGAUACACCCUGGCACAAGGACCGCAACAUCGAUCUCAAGAAUGCUCUGCAACUCUUCCUCAAAAGUAAAGAUGAAGAAGCAGCCUCCGUGGGGGUGCGUGCUCAGCUGAAUCCUCCCCCUGUCCAACUACCUUAUACAGGGGGAAAAGACCCUUCAUUCCACUUAUGGUCCAAACUCCCUCUACCGUUCGGUGAAGAAUGGAAGGCUCCUACGGUCAAGGUUCCGUAUCUAGCGUUUAGAGCUCGCAUGAAGAAAUCUGCAGAUGUGUAUGGUCUGCCGCCUAGGUCAGCACAAUACUUCUUGAUCAGAAAUCUAGGAGGAGCCCUACGUGAAGAGGUAGAAGAAUUGGUAGUUCCUGGUGAUUCAGCUGCUAGCUGCUUGGAGUCGAUAUGGAAGUACCUUGAUAAUAAGUAUGCUGAUACAUUCUCAAUGAGUGAGUCUUUAGCUCGUUGGGAGAACUUGAAGCAGCAUAAUGGCGAGAGCAUUGUUGACUUUUGUGCCCGCCUUGAUGUUGAAGCGAAUCUGUUGAAGUCUCUCGGCCAUAGUCAGUUGUCUGACACUGAUCGAGCUGUUCGAUUGCGUUCCGGUAUGAACACUCGUCUCUAUCAACACAUGAGACGAUAUAUUGGGCCUGACUUCAAGAAAAUGGAUUAUGCCAAACUCAGGUCUUAUGCGGAACAUCACGAAGAAGAUCUCAAGCAAAAAGGUUCCGUCGAUGUAGACGGGAUCGUGAAGAAGGGAGGUAUGCGGAGCCUGUCGAGCUCGGAAGCACAAAAUGAUAAACCGUUGAAGUGCUCUCGAUGCUUGAAGGCUGGUCACUUGAUGAAAAACUGCCGAUCCAGAAUCCCAGGUGAUCUAUCUAACAGGUGUCGUGUCUGUGGCAUUCGAAGCCAUGUUUCUGCCAACUGUCCUCAGACUAACCCUAGGUGCUCUUCUUGUGGCAAGAACGGUCACUUAAUCUACGUCUGUCCGAACCCUAUUGCCUCUGUCCCCAGCAAGCUCAACCCCAAAGCUACUACUUCGGCAGUUCAUGUGCAGAACCUAGAGUAUUCUAGUCCGCAGGAGUACACUCUGAAGAUCACCCAAGAUUCUGCUAAUGACAUCAGUGCUGUUGAUGUGUCAAAUGUUGAGAACGGUGCUACUGGUUCUUGGUCUCUGAAGCUGGCCACGAAACCGAGCAUUUGCCCCAUUAUUAUUGAUGAUACCAUGUUAUACGCCUUAGUUGACAGUGGUUCUUCAACUGCACUUAUUAAGUCUUCUCUAGUGUCUCAAUUUGAAAAGCAGGGACCUCGGAUGGAGUAUCAUUUUGGUACUGCUGCCGAUGUUCGUGAUUUACAAACUAAACUUCAGGAUUCUUUUGAUGCCAAUGUCCAGCGUGAUGAAGCUGGGCACGUUAAUUCUGAUGAUAUUCGAGUAUCUGAUUCACCAGUAAGCAAGCCUGAUAAUUCUGAGUAUGAUGAUGACUCGGAUUCUUUGCCUUUAAUCCCCCCAAAAUCUGACAUGAAGCCUAGUGUUUCUGUAUUCAGGACUAUUGAUGAAGCCUUGGGCGAUCUAUCUCGUUCUGGCUGGCUACCGGUACCUCAUGCUUCUGAUUACCGAUAUGCUUUGAAGAAGAUCGAAGACCUAGAAGAUCCCAAGAAGGAUACCCCCAACCAAAAGUAUCGGUUCGUAUUCGACUGGUCAUAUGAUGAUUCUGCUGAAAGCUCACGUGAACCAUGGUCCCCUAACUUCCUUCUCGCUAAAUUGACUGCAGAGCAGCGAGAGCUAUGGUUCAAAGAGCUUGAUAUGUAUACUUGUCGUGAAUGGUGGCAACCAUAUGAGGGGGCCAAACCAUCUGAUUCAUUAACUGCGUUUCCUAUUAUUGCUACUAGUAGUACUAAGACUACUCAAGUGAGACCCGUACUUGAUGCCAGAAUCACUAAUUCUCGUAGUCCGCGUGCUAGUAAUAGGAAACGUGAUACUUGUAAUGUCAUUAAUAAUCUUCGUAGCUCUCUGAAGCCGGGUUUCUGUGCCAAGCAAUAUGAUUUGGCUAAAGCAUUCUAUAGACUGGCCAUCUCUAGACCAGUUGUGAUAGAUUUCGGCAAGAACCCAGCUACAGGAGUUUCUGUUAUGAUGAAAUGUUCUAGAUUGGCCUUUGGCCUCUCUAUAGGUCCGACUGCCCUGGAAAGCAGUCUCGACCAAUUAUUUAAUAUACUUGAAACAUUUCAUCCGAAUGUUAAAUGUGUACGCAUAAUGGACGAUAUCGUUGCAGUGGGCUUAUCUUACGAUCUAGCUACUUUUGAAAAAGAUUUAUUUUAUAUUCUUGAUUGUUGUGGCUUUGACAUCCCACCACAUAAAAUGAACACGUGGGGUGCAGAUUCAUGGUCUAGGUGGCUUGGCUGCGACUGGAAGUGGAAUGAAUCUGACCUAUUAGUAAAAGUUCCCGACGUCCCCUUUGUACCGGUAUCUACUAAACGUCAAGCGUUCAGUAUGGCGGGUAAAUAUUUACGAUUAUGUGAAUCCAUUGCCGAGGCCCAAGCACGAGGCCAUGCCGAUAUUGUUCGUAAAUUAUCAGGUCAAGAAGCGGAAGCUUGGGACUCAGCGCUAUCAAAGUCCACUACUAGCAUGGUAAAUCGCCAUCUACAAGCCGCUGCUGAAGCUUGGAGUUUCAUCCCAAGAGAGGUUCCAUUAUCCUCUCUGACAACCAAACUGCUAAUAUCUCAUGAUGCAUCUAAAGAUGCUUAUGCUGCUGUCUGUUAUGAAUGCUCUAAUAAUGAUGUAAUUGUGUUGUCUGCUCGAGCUCACUUAUUUCCUAACUCUGCCAUUGCUUGGCAUGCGAAUAGGCGGGAACUCUAUUGUAUUGCAUCAUCGUUAAUGGCACUGCUACAGUCAAUAGAUUUUAACCACUUUCCCGCUCUAUCGCAUGUAACUAUCAUGAGUGAUUCAUCAGUGGCCAUUAAUCGUCUUGACAAUAAAUCAUAUCAUAGUAAAGGUGUAGAAUGGCUUGCUCUAGUUAGAUUACGAGAGUGCUGCGUCGAUGUCAUUGAUGCAUUGAAAUCGAAAAAUAUAGCUGUUGAUAUAUCUCAUUGUCCAGCCUCUCGCAAUCAGCAAGCUGAUGCGCUUUCUCGACUUCUUAAUGAUAUUCCAGCUGCUAACAUAGCUCUCUUACCCAAUCCUCUCCAAGUCGAGACUUCAAAAGAAGGGGGAAGAGAUGCUGAUAUUGAAGCUGAUGCUGUUGAACUAUUUGACUAUGAUUAUCCGAUGUCUGUGUUCGACUCUCUCGUCGAGAGUAUUCCUUGUUUGGCAAGCUUUCAUAAAAAGCUCGUAGCAUUCCGAGCUUGGAAGAGCACAGCCAUGCUCAGUAGUCGUGAGGUCUCACGUCGCUUUGUCGUGUCUGAGCAAAACAGAGAUCCUUUAUGUGUUGAAGUUAUUAAGCUACUAUCUAUCCCUGAUGAUGGUAAUAAAGUCGGAGUGAGUCAGCGAGAUAUCACUCCUGCUGUGAGAGGAUUCAUGCCGGGAUUAAUCAUCUAUGGUGGCAUUUUAUAUAAGAAAUGUCCUUCGGAUGAAGAUAACGGUCUUCGAUUGGUCUUGCCAUCAUCUAAGUUCAGUCCUCUUGGUAAGCAAGUUGUAUGGUAUUAUCAUUGCAGCUCCGGUCACGUUAACCUUGAGGAUACUAUUCGUCGACUUCGUCGACAUUUUUGGUGGCCAAGACUGCGGAAGGAUACUAGGUCCGUCUACUUAGGAUGUCAACAUUGCCAGUUGACCAAGGCCUCUUCAGCCCCGAAAUCCAUUGGGUCUCAUAUGUGUCCUACUGAGAUUUUUAGUACCAUAGGAGUAGACCUUUAUGGCCCUUUAAAUGAAUCGAAGGGCGGGUUUAGAUGGAUUCUAGUCUGUGUAGACCUACUAAGUCGGUAUACUGUAUUAAUACCUUUGGUCACAGUAACUGCAGCCGUGGUAUGCUCUGCUAUUGAGCGUAAUAUCAUUCUAGUGUUCCGUACGCCGGAAUACAUCAUAUCUGACCAAGGAGUGCAGUUUGUUAGAUCUAUUAUACUGGACAGUCUUUGCUGUACUUAUAAAAUAAGGCAUAUUAGUUUGCCUUUGCGACAUCCUAGUAGUGGGGGUUUCUAUGAACGCCAAAAUCGUACUCUGGGUGCAGCCCUCCGGUCUCUCCUAUCUCAACACAAAAGUCUAGAUUGGUAUGAUGUAUUGGCCUUGGGCCAGCUACGUAUCAAUACUACAGUGCACCCUGACCUAGGUGUUUCUCCCCACGAAAUUGUAUUUGGUAUACCGCACUCAUUCCCUCUAACUUCAUUCUUGACACCUUCGCAAAGGAUGUCGGAGGAGGACAUUGAGGACUUUUUGUGCUUCCAAAAUCGUCAUCGUCGAGACGCUGUCCUACAAGUAUGUGAAGACCUUCGCAAAAAACGUGCUCGACAACUUCGUGCCUGGAUUGACGAGUGGACUCGAGCAAGGGCGAAAUAUGACAAAUGGGAUGCCCAAUCCUCAACUACUCCUACUCCUACGACCCCUUUUGAUGUUGGCUCAAAAGUUCUGGUCCUGAAGUCUCCGAGCCAUAAGCUCGACGGCAGAUGGACUCCGGGAGUUAUAAAGCGACAAGUUGGUAAAGCUUGUUACGAGAUUGUGUUGGAGACUUCCCCAUUGAGCCAGAUAUAUCACAAAGAUCACGUCAAAUUGUAUCAUGAUGCUGAUCCUGCUAUUGGUCUUAUUUCAAAAAGUCCGUCCACUCCUGGACAUACUCCUACUCAAUCGGCAAAAAGGCAUUUGAGCGAAGCUACUGGAGAGCCUCCGCUGCCGAAGAAGUCGAAGAUCAUCGAACCUCUCGGUUCAAGAGGUUUGCAUCCUUUUGACAUGCAUACACUCACUGGUUGGAGAGUACGCGAUGAUGAGCCGAGAGUAGGCAUUGUUCUUGGUCGAGAUAUUAAUGAUAAAGUAGUGGUUCAUGAACACCGUAUUCGAGAUGACUCUGCUAUCCCUUUAUGGAUAGAUGACAAUGGUAUUAUCCAUGAAGGAGGUGUACCCACUACAAAGCCAGUUAUUGUAACUCUAGAGCCGAAGGAUCUUGUCAGACUUACUACUAUUGAUAAUCUUACUCUCACUCCCCGGGCCAAGAAGAAACUCUCUGAGAUGGGCCUUUCCUUUGGGGAGGGAUGA